AAAAAAAAUGGCAGUAUGCGUUCUACUGAUGCUAAGUUUAAUAUUGAACCAAAGCAAGUUCGUAAUUGGAGAGAAAAAAAGGAGAUGUUAAUGCAAGCAAGGCCUCAUAUCAAAUGUUUAGGUGGUGGAUUAAGAGCAAAGUAUCCAGAAUUAGAAGCGAUUAUUUUGUCUUGA